CGCGCAGUAUCGCGCCGCCCUCGCUUUGGUUCGCUCGCCACCAUGUCGAAGGUCUAUAGAGAGAAACUCAUCGACGAAGUGAAAAAAUACCCGGUUCUUUAUGAUACUAGACAUGAGAACCAUAGAGAUAUUGAUGUGAGAGACCGCUGUUGGGCAGAGAUAUCGGAACGGUUGGGAGAGAACAGCGAAAUUUUAAAGCGGGAAUGGAAAAUCCUCCGCGACUCCCUCCGCCAGUCCCUCAAGAAAUGUAAACAAGGCGUCACUACUAAGGCGGGCACACCGUGCAAGAAGUGGAGGUUUCAGAACAGAAUGUCUUUCGUGCUACCCUACAUGACCAUCCGAAGAACUCAGAGGCGACUAAGAGACGUAAAGAUCGACGAGACGGAAAAGGACAUACAUUCGGAAGCGGAGUCAGACACGUGGGACACCGGCUGCGGGGACCAGGACUCCUUGGAGCUGUUCUUCGCCAGCGUCUGCCAGAGUACCAAGAGGCUGCCGAAAACUUAUCAGAAUCAGGUGAAACGACAAGUCCUCGACGUCCUACUCAGGAUAGAAGAAGAAGCCGAAGUUCUGGAUACCAAGACUGCCGUCAACAGGAACUUUUAGCUGGUCAGCUUGAUUCUGAUCCGACCCACCCCCUACGCGGCUAUCACACUUAGGCCCACUUGCACCAUCCCACUAACCCGGGGUUAAUCGGUUAAACCGUCAACCCAGUGUCAAAUUGUACUGGUAACCAUGGUUACUCCAGGUUUAACCGGUUAACCCUGGGUUAGUGGAAUGGUGCAAGUGGGCCUUAUCAGGAUUUGGUUACCACUGCUAAAUACCACCAAGUCGUUACCAUGGUAACUACUAAGAAACAAAAUGCCAUUAUUUACCAUUAUGUAUAGCAUGUUGGUGGUAACUACAGGUAUUUUGUUUUCUCAGUUACCACUGGGAAAAGUGUGGGAAAUAAAUCUUAGUUGUUACCACUGGUAACAGUGGUAACUUGAUGAUAACUAGUGGGUAUAGUGGGUAUAAUGGGUAUUACAUGCGCGACGUGUGGAUGGUAACCGUAUGAACAUGUCGGACCAAGCCAACUCUGCAUGGUAUUUGCAAUGACUAAGGGCUGGUUGCACCAACCACAUUUAGCAGACUAAUCAGCGUCAGUCGGCAGUGAACUAUAGAACACCCAUACGAUAGAUACCUAAAAUUUGAUUUGUGACAGAAGAUUUGGUGCAACUGACCCUAUGAACAUAGUUUAUAAUGACACUCCUCACAUAUUUUUCUGUUUUUGACGGUGCAAAGUUAGCUUGGACGGAGUGUAGCUCGCUGCGUAGCGUGUGCGCCAGUGGUUCCUAACCGGGGGGUAAUUACCCCCGUGGGGGUAAAACUGGUAUUUUACGGGGGUAAUAAGCUAACCUAAUAUAACAAUACAACAAACGUACACGUUUUAUUUUUUAUUACCAUUGGGGGGAGGGGUAAAAUCAGGUUCCCUAGUUAGUCAUAGGGGUGACCGGACUGAAAAGGUUAGGAACCACUGGUGUGCGCACCUCGGUUGUAAUGUUCAGAACC